AUGUUUGGAUCCACUACUCAAUCAUCAGCAACUCCAUCUUUUGGAGGAUUUGGAUCAACUAACAAUACCAACAGUGGUUCCUUGUUUGGAGCCAAACCCAACACUACAACAACAACAACCGGAGGAAGUGGUGGUUUGUUUGGAUCUUCAACUACUCAACAACAACAACCAACAUCAGGAGGAUUGUUUGGUGCUAAACCAGCAACAAAUUCUACAGGUGGAUUAUUUGGAUCUCAACCACUGACUAAUACCACUACAGGAGGUGGUCUUUUUGGUUCUCAAAAUAACCAACAACAACAACAGCAACAAAGUGGUGGUUUAUUUGGAGGAGCUCAACAACAAACCAAUCAAACAACAAAUACCAGUGGGGGUGGAUUGUUUGGAGGAGCUCAACAACAAACCAAUCAAACAACAAAUACCAGUGGGGGUGGAUUAUUUGGUUCCAAACCAGCAAGCACUAAUACCAUCAGUGGAGGUGGAUUAUUUGGAGGUCAAAGUAAUACUUCUAAUACCACAUCAACUGGAGGAGGAUUAUUUGGUAACAAACCUUCAGGAGGUGGACUUUUCGGUCAACAGCAAUCUACUACAAACACUGGAAGUGGAGUAGGUGGAGGAUUGUUUGGAUCUGGAACAUCCACUAAUAUUUCUGGUGGAGGAGGUGGAGGAGGAGGAUUAUUUGGAAAUAAACCUGCAACAACAACUGGAGGUGGGUUGUUUGGUGGUCAACAGCAGCAACAGCAGCAACAGCAGCAACAGCAACAACAACAGCAAAUACCGACACCACAAUUAACUGGUAUGACAAGAGUAGGUGAUUUACCACAAAAUAUCAAAAAUGAAUUAGAACAAUUUGAUAAAUAUAUAAAUACUCAACAUUUAAUUGCUACCACAUUAAAUUCUGAUAUGUCAAAACAUAAUCAUUUGAUAAAUACUAUACCUAAAGAUAUAAAUUAUUUACAAAAUAAAGUAUUAUCAACCAAACAAGCAUUAAAAUUUGAUAUUAAUCAAUUAUUAAAUUUAAAAAAUAUGAAUAAUGAAAUAACUGAAGAUAUAAAUAAAAUAAUGCAAUUAAUAUUACAAUUAAGUACACCAGGAACAAAAUUAUCAAGUUCAUUUCAAUUGAAUGAAUUUUUCAUUAAAAAAAUUAAAAAAUAUUAUCAAAUGUUAACUCAAUAUGAAUCAAUGAUUAAAGAAUUAGAAAUAAUUUUAACUGGAUUAGAAAAAAAUUGUACUGAAGGAUUUGGAAAUUUAUUUAAUAUUGUUCAAGUUAUUAAAUCUCAAUAUAGUUUAUUUAUGGAAUUAACUGAAACAAUGGCUCAAUUACAUAAUGAAGUGAAUAGAUUAACUAAAUAA